GUAUUAUUUAUUUUUUUUAUUUAUUUUCAUUUAAUUAAUAUAAUAUCACCUCAAUAGAGAUAAUUCUUUUUAUAUUUAUCAAAAUCAUUAAAAGAAAUCCCUAAAAGGUGUUGUAAUAAUAAUAAAAUGUCAGACUCAAAAUAUUUUCAAACCACCAAAAAAGGUGAAAUUCACGAAUUAAAAGAAGAAUUAUUAUCUCAAAGAGAAGAUAAAAAGAAAGAAGCUGUUAAAAAAGUUAUUGCAGCAAUGACAGUUGGUAAAGAUGUUAGUAUGCUCUUUACUCAUGUUCUCAAUUGCAUGCAAACCCACAAUUUAGAAUUAAAGAAAUUAGUCUAUCUCUACGUUAUGAAUUAUGCAAAGAACCACCCAGAUCGUGCUAUUCUUGCAGUCAACACUUUCCAAAAAGAUGCUUCUGAUCCAAAUCCAUUAAUUAGAGCUUUAGCAGUUAGAACUAUGGGUUGUAUUAGAGUUGAUAACAUUACCGAACAUCUUUGUGAACCAUUAAGACAUGCUUUAAAGGAUCAAGAUCCAUAUGUUAGAAAAACUGCAGCAGUUUGUGUUGCUAAACUCUAUGAUGUUAAUCCAGAUUUAGUUGAAAAUCAAGGAUUUUUAAAUAUUUUAAAUGAUUUAUUAGGUGAUUCAAAUCCAAUGGUUGUAGCUAAUGCAGUUGCAUCAUUAACAGAAAUUGAUGAAGUUAGUAAAAAAGAAGUAUUUAGAAUUCAUUCAAAUAAUUUAAAUAAAUUAUUAGCAGCAUUAAAUGAAUGUACAGAAUGGGGUCAAGUUUUCAUUUUAAAUUCAUUAUGCAAGUAUACACCAAAAGAUAGCCAAGAAGCUGAAAGUGUUUGUGAACGUGUUGCUCCUCGUCUUCAACAUGCCAACUCAGCAGUCGUUUUAUCUGCCGUUAAAGUUUUAAUGAAAUACAUGAACUCUAUUCAAUCAAAUGACGUCAUUCGUUUAUUAUGCAAGAAAAUGGCACCACCACUUGUCACUCUUCUUUCAAAAGAACCAGAAAUUCAAUUCCUUGGUCUUCGUAACAUCAAUUUAAUUGUUCAAAAACGUCCAGAGAUUCUUCAAUAUGAAAUGAAAGUUUUCUUCUGUAAAUAUAACGAUCCAAUCUAUGUUAAAAUGGAAAAACUCGAAAUUAUGAUCAUGUUAGCCAACGAAAAGAACAUUGAAGAGGUUCUUUUAGAAUUUAAAGAAUAUGCCACCGAGGUCGAUGUUGAAUUUGUCAGAAAAGCUGUUCGUGCCAUUGGUCGUUGUGCAAUUAAAAUCGAUCGUGCCUCUGAACGUUGUAUUCAAGUUUUACUCGAUCUUAUCCAAACUAAAGUUAAUUAUGUAGUUCAAGAAGCUAUCAUUGUCAUCAAAGAUAUCUUUAGAAAAUACCCAAACAAAUACGAAGGUAUCAUUGCUACUCUUUGUGCUAAUCUCGAAUCACUUGACGAACCAGAAGCCAAGGCUUCAAUGAUUUGGAUUAUUGGUGAAUACGCCGAACGUAUUGACAAUGCUCACGACCUCUUAAACUCUUUCUUAGAAGGUUUUAAAGAUGAAAACAGUCAAGUUCAACUCCAACUUUUAACUGCCAUCGUUAAACUUUUCCUUAAACGUCCAAAAGAUGCCCAACAAAUGGUUCAAACUGUUUUAAAUCUUUCAACUCAAGAAUCUGAUAAUCCAGAUCUUCGUGAUCGUGGUUUUGUUUAUUGGAGACUUUUAUCAACCGAUUUUGAAGCUGCCAAAGCUGUUGUUCUCUCAGAAAAACCACUCAUCACAGAUACUACUAGCCAUUUAGAUGAAUCAUUAUUAAAUGAAUUAAUCUUAAACAUUUCAACUCUUGCCUCUGUUUACCAUAAACCACCAGAAACAUUUGUUACCAAAUUAAAGGGUGUCAAACCCUAUCAACAACAACAAGGUGGCCAACAACAAGGUGGUCAACAACAACAACAACAAAGAUCAGGUAACCUUAUUGAUCUUGAUCUUUCAGAUCUUGGUGGUGCUUUACCAUCCUAUGGUCAAAAUAGUAAUGGUUAUGGUUCGCCACAACAACAAUUUAAUGGUAAUCCAAAUGAUUUAUCAUUCCUUGGAGGUGGUAAUCAAGGUCAAGCACAAUCACCAAUUAAUAAAGUUGUUGUAUUUGGUGGUGAUAGAUCACAAUCAAUUCAAAUUAGUGGUGCCUUCACUAGAUACAAUGGUAGAAUUAAUUUAGAAUUAAAUCUUUUCAACACCUCCCCAAAUGUUAUGUCCAAAUUCAAGAUUCAAUUCUAUCAAAAUUGUUUUGGAAUUUCACCAGCCGAAGCUAUUCUUACCUGUGGUGCUAUUGAAGGUGGUCAAAAUACUGAUGUAUCAAUCCCAAUUUCCUGCAACGGCCAACUCUUUAGUCCAUUUAACCCAGUUAUUGAUAUGGCUAUGAUGGUAUUACCUUCACAAGAAAAAUUCCUCUUCAAGAUGAACUUCCCAUUCCAUUGCUUAUUAACCGAAACUGGUCGUUUAGAUCGUGAAAAUUAUCUUUCCAUGUGGAAAUCUAUUCCCGAAUCAAAUGAACGUUCAGUAGAAAUUCAAGUUCGUCUCCCACAUGUCGAUGUUGAAUCAAUUCUUCGUCGUCUCAACUCUAAAAAUAUUUUCGAAAUCGUCAGAAAGAAAGCUCCAAACCAAGAAAUCUCUUUCCUCUCUUGUAAAACCGAAAAUUCAGUCUAUAUUUUAAUCGAGUUAGCAUUUAACAGUGCUCCAAAUCAAAGAACUACUUGCAGAUGUUCAUCUAAAACAACCUCUCCAGAUAUUAUUCAAUUAUUUGAACAUAAUUUAGAUUUAUUAAUUAAUAAUCAAAUUUAAAUAAAUACAAUAGUAAUAGUUAAUUUUAUAUAUUUUUAAUUUUUUUU